GGCGACCGAAGGGGCAUCUCCCGAGCAGUGGGCCUGAGCGCGACCCCACGGCCCUUGCUAGGGAUCCGCCUCUGCCAGGGGCCGGAAGGUGUGCGCGGCGGGGCGGAGGCCGGGGCCGAGCGCGGGCCGCGCGUGGGAGCCAGGAGGGGGUUAACGCUAACCCCUCCCCUUCGGGCUGACAUCACGGGGAGAGCGGCUGAGAGGCUGGAGCUCGGCGAGUGAGAGAAAGAGAGGGAGAGGAGCGAGCGCGGCUCGACUCGGUGCCCGGGCAGCUCCACAUUGUUGCGGAUCGCCGGGACCCGGCAGAGCGAGCAGCUGCGGCGCUGCGGGGACGCGGCGCCCCGGAUCGCUCUCCUCGCCUGGAGCCGCACCGCCCGAUCGCCUGGGCCGCCGAGCCGCGCGCCCUCCGCCUGGGCCCCGAGCCCACCGCGCCGCCCGCCCGCCGCCCUCGCUCGUCCCGCCGCCCUCGGAGGACGGCCGCCCAUGGACGCCUUCAAGUUGGAGCCGAGCGGGAGGGUGUGAGCGCGCCGGGGGCCGGGAGCCCGCGCCGGGCAGCCGGGCGCGCCGGGGGUGGGUCCCUCUCCCCAGCCCGGCUCUGCGUGGAAGAAGAGGGCGGGGACCGGCGCGGGGAGGAGAGCGGAGGAGGAGAAGGGGGCAUGACUCGUGCAACUUGCGGCGGGCAUCUGCCGAGCCUCUGAGCCGGCGGCCGCCCGGGCCCCGGAUUGCGUCCGCGCCGAUCCCACCCAGCCCACCCCGCCCCGGCCGACGGCUGAGGUUGACCUGGAUCUUCAGAGCGCCCGCCGGCCUGCAGGGAUCGCCUUCGUCUUCCGGGCUGCUUUCUGGAGCGCGAGGAGCGCUCUCCUCGCGGCCCCUCUCGCCGGACCCCCGGCCCCCGAUGGCUCGGAUGGGGCUUGCGGGCGCCGCUGGACUCUGGUGGGGACUCGCUCUCGGCUUGACCGCCUUCUUCCUCCCAGGCGCCCACACCCAGGUGGUCCAGGUGAACGACUCCAUGUACGGUUUCAUCGGCACGGACGUGGUGCUGCACUGCAGCUUCGCCAACCCGCUGCCCGGCGUGAAGAUCACCCAGGUCACGUGGCAGAAGGCCACCAAUGGCUCCAAGCAGAACGUGGCCAUCUACAACCCGGCCAUGGGCGUCUCGGUGCUGGCCCCCUACCGCGAGCGCGUGGAGUUCCUACGGCCCUCCUUCACAGAUGGUACCAUUCGCCUUUCCCGCCUGGAGCUGGAGGACGAGGGCGUCUACAUCUGCGAGUUUGCCACCUUCCCUGCUGGCAAUCGAGAGAGCCAGCUCAACCUCACAGUGAUGGCCAAACCCACCAACUGGAUAGAGGGCGCCCAGGCAGUGCUUCGAGCCAGGAAGGGGCAGGAUGACAAGAUCCUGGUGGCCACCUGCACCUCGGCCAAUGGGAAGCCUCCCAGUGUGGUGUCCUGGGAAACGCGGCUGAAGGGUGAGGCGGAGUACCAGGAGAUCCGGAACCCCAAUGGCACGGUGACCGUCAUCAGCCGCUACCGCCUGGUGCCCAGCCGGGAAGCCCACCAGCAGUCCCUUGCCUGCAUCGUCAACUACCACAUGGACCGCUUCCGGGAAAGCCUCACCCUCAAUGUGCAGUACGAGCCCGAGGUGACCAUCGAGGGGUUUGAUGGGAACUGGUACCUGCAGCGGAUGGAUGUGAAGCUCAAGUGCAAAGCUGAUGCCAACCCCCCAGCCACCGAGUACCACUGGACCACGCUGAAUGGCUCCCUCCCCAAGGGUGUGGAGGCCCAGAACAGAACUCUCUUCUUCAGGGGACCUAUCAACUACAGCCUGGCAGGAACCUACGUCUGUGAGGCCACCAACCCCAUCGGCACCCGCUCGGGCCAGGUGGAGGUCAAUAUCACAGGAGAAUGCAGGACCACCGUGAGCGCAGGACUGCUCAGCAGGCAGCCACAGCAGGUCCAGGAGCAGGGAGGAAGGAAAGGGAGCAACUUCCCAGGCCCAGGCUGGGAAAAGAGAGGAAAGGAAGAAUCCUUGCCCUGCUCCCGCUGCAGACAGCACCCCACAGGCUCACACACCAGACCGGCUCCACCUCUGGGAGGAGGGACUGGUCUCAUAGGAGGAACAGGAUUCCCACGGAAGUUCCCCUACACCCCGUCUCCUCCCGAACACGGGCGUCGCGCCGGGCCGGUGCCCACGGCCAUCAUUGGGGGCGUGGUGGGGAGCAUCAUGCUGGUGCUGAUUGUGGUCGGCGGGAUCGUGGUGGCCCUGCGCCGGCGCCGCCACACCUUCAAAGGCGACUACAGCACCAAGAAGCACGUGUACGGCAAUGGCUACAGCAAGGCCGGCAUCCCCCAGCACCACCCGCCCAUGGCCCAGAACCUGCAGUACCCUGAGGACUCGGACGACGAGAAGAAAGCCGGGCCCCUGGGCGGCAGCAGCUACGAGGAGGAAGAGGAGGAGGAGGAAGGCGGAGGGGGCGAGCGCAAGGCGGGCGGCCCUCACCCCAAAUACGACGAGGACGCCAAGCGGCCCUACUUCACGGUGGACGAGGCGGAGGCCCGGCAGGACGGCUGCUACGGGGACCGGACUCUGGGCUACCAGUACGACCCGGAGCAGCUGGACUUGGCGGAAAACAUGGUUUCUCAGAACGACGGGUCUUUCAUUUCCAAGAAGGAGUGGUACGUGUAGCCCCGUCUGCAGAGCCCCUGCCCCAAGCCCACACCCGCACGCCCCCUGCCCGCCCCCCACCGUCCACUGCCCCAGGAGCUCGGCAGAGACUCACCCAGCUGCUCGGGGUACCUGGGAGCCCAGGGCACACGACCUGGCUUUGUUUUGAUUUCCUCCCUGCCCCCCCACCCUCCCCCCUGGUGUGUGUUCACUGUGGCUUCGGUGUUGCUGGUACCUUUCCUCCCCUGACCCCACCUGCCUCCCUCCGCAGGGAGCCCUAGUCCCGUCUUGUGUACCUAGAUGUCCCCUCCGGGGUUUGGGGAGACAGCCCUCCCCUGCCCCCAACACUGGAAUUUGUCUGUGUCCUCUCUCUGCGCGUGGAGGGCUGAAGGGGCCCCAAGAGGAGACGCCCCCUGCCGCCGACCCCAGAUGCUGCUCCUUUUUCCCCGGGAGAGGGAACCCGGCACCCCCUCCCCCAUCCCACCGUGAGCUGGAGUUCGGACCCCGGUCGAGGCAGCCGUUGCGCCCAAGGGGGAGGGGAGGGGGGUGGCUUUUCUGAAGCAUCCAGGGUUGUCUUUGUUUGUUAAGGGAAUCAAGCUGAGGUCCCCACCUGAGGCCUUGGGCAGUGUGUUUACCUGCAAGGUUGGUUUUACAUUUGUUUUCCUCAUUGGCCUCCAGGGAGUUAAGGCUGCCCAGCUCUGGUGUGUCCCUCCUCUUUACCCCAGUCUGCUGCCCACAUAGCGGGACUCCAGGUAGACUCUGGCCCACACUUCCCAUACACUUCUACCAACACGUACACACACACACACACACACACACACACACACACACACACACACACACGCCGCUUAUGUCUACCCCUGUGCUCCCCCUGGGGUCACAUGCCUUACCCAGGCUGGACACUGCCCAAGGCCCACCUCUCUGCUCCACCUCUCCCCCUUCCUUCCAGCUGAGGAUGGGGGCAGCCUUCAGAAGCUUCCAGUGAGAGCUGGCACUAGGCCCUUCGGUGCCUCCACCCUAGCAUCUCAGGCUGGCUCUGAACUGCUCCUUAUAGCGUGGAAGUUUCUUGAAUUUCUCCCUAUCAAUCAAGUGCUAGCAAUUCUUGAUUCUCUUGGGGAGUCAGAGCUGGGAUCCCAGAAGGGAAUAACCUCCAGGAGCUACAGGUGAAGGAGGAUCAAUGCAGAGGGCACCGGAGAAGGAAGCCCGCACAGUAGGAGCUCUGCAAACACAGGCUGAUAAGACUCUGCGGAGCACAGGUAGCUCCUGGCCCACAAAGGCCGAUGCAGCUGCUCCGGGCCUGCCAGAAGGUGCGAGCGGAGCGGGGAGCCAGGGAUCCUGAGUUGAAGCUCCUGCUCGCCACCCUCCCCGUCCCGCUUCAGCCAUCGCCCGGUCUCCAUCUGGAUGAGGUGGGGAACCCUGGAGAAGCUUUCCCUUUGAGUUGUAGAUUCCCUUCCUGAAUGGGGCUCUGGGUCCCUGUCAAUCACCGGAGACUGAUGGUCUUCCCCAGGAUACCAUGGAGGAAGGCCCCGCCCAGCCCCUUAUUUGCUCCCCCAGCUCCAAGUGCCUCAGUUCCUCCAUUUGCCUACCCCAUCCCCCCGGCACUCUAGAUGGGAAAGACCCUGGGAUGGGAGAGGCAGGUUCAUGCCUGCCCAUGAGGAUUCCAGUGAACUCAGCCCAGGGUGCAGGGGCUCUGUGGGAUGGCAAGUGUCGGGGGGAGUUAGGCAGACCACUCUGUGCCCCACGGGCACCAACCCACCCUGCCAUAGGCUUCCCAAGGGAGCCGCCAGCCUCCCGCCCUACUCCUCCCCUCCCUGGUGCUGCUAUGGGACCCCCAGCCAGCUCCAUCUCUGCCCUGGCAACCCUGGACCCAUGAGCUGGGUCACGCUCCUCCCCCCAGCCCCCACUGCCCUAGCCCCAGCCCAGACCACCCAGUAGCCACGUAGCAGAAGUCUGAAGCCAUGCCAGCCCUGGGGCGGUACUCCCCUCUCUUGGCAUUGGGAGUACUGGAUGGGGUGGAGUUGGGAGAAACUUCUGGGGUCUUUCUAGCCACAGGGCAGAGGGGGUGGAGGAGCUGGGCUGCAUCUCCCAGCAGUAGUAGUGUCCCCCCCCCACCCCAGGGCAGAGGACCUUUUCCAUGUUACAUCACUACCCAUCCCACCUCACACCACCCUGGCCCCUCUGCUUGGUCCCCUUGCCCCCCAGGCAGGAGGAAAUCCCAGGGGCCUGCCUGAUAGAGGCAUUCUCUGUCCCCUUGAAAUCACAAGACUGAAAGGACUCUUCCUCUGUGUCUCCUUUAUCUGCACUGCCACCCCCUCUUCCUCCUUAUAUGAUGGACUUAGGAGGCCCCCGGGCCUAGCCAAAGCACUGAGUCCCCCUUAAGACACCUCCAAGCCCUCCCCUCCAGCAAAGCACAAAUUGUGGGGUCCACGCCAGAUGUGUGGGCCACGUAGAAGGCUCCUGCCUCGGCAGGGACCCAUCAGCAGCGCGCCCAGCAGGGCAGCUGCUACCCGGGGCCAAGAGUCGGCACGAGGCUGGGGUCGGCACUUGGGCCUGGGGUGACAGGGUUUUCUGUGCCCCAAGUUUGUGGGGCGGUGGGUACUACUGCUGGGCCCAUAGCCACAGCCGCUGGCACAGGGAAGGUCUGGCCCAGCAGAGAGACAAGGACGUCUUGCUUCUCCGUGCCCCCAACGUGAGCUGAGCUUCUGCCUUUGCUGGAAAUGAAAUAAACUUGGUCUGCAUCGUGCCAAGGCCUCCCCACUUGUCAUCCUGCCUCUUGUUGCCCUCCCCGUCCUUGCCCGCCCCCCACUCCACCAAUACCCCUCUUUCCUUGAGAUUUUGAUAUUGUUCUAAUGUGUAACAACCCUCUGAGUCCCCUUUGAUCAGAAGCAUCUGAAGAGCAGCAGCGUGGAAUCAGGGAACACAGGCGCGCACGUGCAGCCGCGUCAGGCCUGGCCCAUGCGUGCACGAGGGCGCACACCCCCCGACAGACCCAAGCACAGGUGCCCCAGCCCCACAGACCUGCCAGGGGGCUGGGCUGGUCCUGCUGAAAGCCCUUCAGGAAAAACUGAUUUCCCAGCGCUUGGGCCAUAAGAGAGACUCACGGGGGCCCUGUUUCCCAGGCACGUGCCCCCAUGCCAACCCCCUCCCGCGUGCCCGAGUCACUGGUGCAAUAAUUUUUCUGCCGUCCUCCAAGCAGAGGAAUUGGUGAUUGUGUCAGGUGGUGUGGGCAGCUCACGUGAGAGGAGGGGAGGGCUGCCAGGCCUCCCAGGGGCCAGACGGAGACCUUCUAGGCCUGACUGCCACCAGGAACCCUCAGGUGGGCCCCACCAGGCCCCAGGCCCACGGGGAGACGUGCCCAGGCCCCUGUGCCGUGGCCCAGGCGGUGAGGGCUUCUGGGACCUCGCUGCUGCAGCCCGAUUGUACGGCCAGAGGAGCCUCUGCCCCACCCGUGCUGCUGCUUUUCUGACUCCUGCUGUGAGGAAUGGGAUUCUUGGCCGGAAACAAACAAACAAACAAACAAAUGGUUUUCUUUUUUUGUAUAAAUGGAAACAAAAUCCAGGAGAAGCUGCCCCCUCCCCUCCCCCCGGAGUGUGAUGCACUACCUUUGCUUCAAUUUCUUAGUCACUGUUUUCGUCUUUGGUCCCAGGGACGGCCCAGCAGAUUCUCCUGGUUCUAACCCAGGGGGUGUUUGCAUCACCCCCUUUUACUUGUAUAAAAAAAAAAAAUGAUGGGUUGAAAAAUGUACUUUUUUAUAAAUAAAGUCUUUAAAACAAC